AUUAUUUUAAAAUACGCAAUUGUUAUAAAAACGUUAGAGCAACUGAUCGACAUAUUUGUAGACAGCAUUCCUGUUUUACUUCCGGCAUUCCCGAUUUAAUUUUCGGGAAAAAGUAACACAUCCUUAAAGCGAAAUGUUACUUUUAAUACUUUCAAUUUCAGUUCACCUGGCCUCCGCCCGUUUUCUCGUAAGCUACCCUGUACUGAAGGUCAUGUACGGUAAUAUUGGCGUGCUGGACGACCUAAAGGUGCCUCCGCCGUCGCGGCGAGCCGACAUGGAGGACGACAUCACAUACGGAGGGCAUGAGGAGAUGCCGGACUUCCACGACUUUCUGUAUGAGAUCGAAGACUUACAGCAUUGGAACUCGAUACUAAACAGCACCAGAACCACACACGACCUCGACAUAAAAGACCUGGACGACGCCUCAAAAAUGCUCACCAACAUAAAGGAAAACCUACAAGAGGCCGCCAAAAAACAGUUCGAAACCAGGAGGCAGAACGAGGAGCUGAAACUGCCCCAUGAGGUUGACCAGAUGUGGAAAGAUCCGGUGAAGUUGCGGGAGUGGUAUUAUAUGAAGCUGUGCCUGACGUAUCUGAUACAUAUUCGGUUCCAGGUGGACACGGCGAUACGGCAGAAAAUGGCUACUAACGCCUACCCGAGCUACCGCAUCGGCUACCUGUUCAACCGGUUGAUGAAGAUCAAGACCCAGAUGUACCGGCUGUUAGGAGAGUGGGACACGUUGACCAACCAGAAACUGACACAAAACCGUCCAAACUGGCGCACAAAGAAGCACAACUUGCUAAUGCUGCUGCAGAUGUACGAGAGGAUGCUGCAGCUGGAUGUGGACGCCAAGGAUACAGUGGAGAUGGUCAAGAUCCAGUUCCACGGCCGGGAGCAGUACCAGACGGAAUAUGACGUGCCUAAUACCAAACCUCUCUACAAAUAGAAAUGGACUAGUGGAAGUAAAA